CAUACACAUUGAAAUAGCAGUGUAGUUGCAUAUCGCAAGUGACCAGCUCCUAGUCAGCAAGAAUCAUAUUGAUGUGUAUUGGUGAAAUAUUCAUUUUCCCAUCGAAGUAGAGGAUGCAUCUGACUUACUGAUUUGUCGACUUGUUGGCUCAGACGUUUGUGACGAUUCGAGCGCGAGCGACCGUCAAUGAGAGUGUGUAGUGAGUACAAAGUUUUCGCGAAAUCUAGAGAAAACUGAGUGAUAUGGAGUUAGAGACGCUGAAAUGUGUGCUGUGUUCAAAAUUUCCCGAAGGGGAGGUGUACGAGUGCAGCUCCCGUCAUAUCGGAUGUGAAUCAUGCGUUUGUGCACUCAAUGUGCGGCUUUGUAAGUGCACUGAGCAUUUUGAGAAGAAGAAAGCAAAUCCGAUCGUACAAUUGGUAAAAACCGCAAAAACGAGAUGCAUGUACGAGGAAGCCGGCUGCACGUGGCUUUUCGGUCCACAGGAUAUGGGUCAUCAUCUGGAGGAAUGCAAAUUUCGACCGUACGAUUGUAUCGCGGAAAAACUUAAUAUGUUAUCUUGCGAUUGGUCUGGUCUGCAGUGUGAAAUCGAAAGCCAUCUUGCGAACGAUCACUCCGUUUUGGGUAAACAAUUCAGCUACUACCAGCUUUCGGAGGUCCCAUUUUCCGAAACCAGCUCGAAGGGGAGCAUUAAACUGAUCGAUGCAUUUAGCAAGAAGUUUUUGUUUUAUUUUUUCUCGAGUGCCGCCACUAAGAUGGUGUACUUCAUGAUUAUCUACUUCGGGCGUCGUGAGGAAGCGCGUCAGUAUUGCUACGAAUUUGAGAUCCGAUCGAAGAAUGAAGAGGAAAUUCCUCGGCUAAAGUUUGUAGAAUUCGUCACCGCUGAUUGCGAAGAUUUUACGAAAAUGCGGAAUGAAGAAAAAUGCGUGGCAAUAUCGUUCAAAAUGAUCAAACGUUUUGUACGUGAUGGAUCGAUUCCGUUUCGUUUCAUCGUGAAGAAAGCUGAAAAAGAACAGGGGAAUGCAGCCACACGUGAACGCAAAAUUUCCGAGAACAAUAAUACAAACAAACAAAGGCCGACACCAACUAUUUUCCAGCAGCAAGGCAGAGGAGCUAUCGCUAAUAAUAACAACAGAAACGCUCCUGUUGGUGGCUCCAACAGUGCACCUGCUGGCGGUGGAGGAAGCGGUGGCGCAAAUAGAGGACAAAACAAACCAAUCGCUGCAUCUGAAUCAGCUAAACCAAGAAGCGCGACAGUUCCAAUCCCUCCCACAGGUCAAAGAAUGCCAGAUUAUUCUUCAAUAAAUCGGAUUGUUGUGGGAGCACAAAAUCAGCCUUUACUUAUGGCUCCAUCAAUCAAUCGGCAAGAUGGGCCUCCAUCGUACAAUACAAUCACUGGUAUCGAAUACUCCCAGUCUUCCAGCGAGAAUUGCGUGGCAGUCAACAAACCUCCGCCAGCUGAGUGCACAACCACGGCUACCAUUUGUAGAAUUUACACUCAGCCCUAUAAAACGACUGACGAUCGGCUGUAUCUGCAGAAAUACCCAAAGGACUGUCUUGGUAAACCCAUAAUCAAGCGCUAGAUACGCGGUAUGAAAGUAUGAACUGUAUAUAGAAAAAAAAAUCAUGUUAUUAAAUUUUCCUAGUUGCUUGUUGAUUCGAA